UCCAUCUCUUUCUUUGCCUCUAUGACUUCCACUUACAGGCUUGUUCCCUCUAUUCUUAUAUCUCUAUGUAUUUUUAGGUUGUAACUAUAUGAUUUUAACUUGUACUGCAACGUAACCAUCAAAACAUUUUUACCGUUCACACGGUUCCUUAAAACCAGAUUUGUGAAUCUAUUUCUUUUCCUCGGCGGCGAUAGAGUUACAACAACUGGUAUUGUAACAUCGAUAUAAAGCACUAUACGUUUAAUAGUGGUAGUAUAACAAGCACUUUAUACGUUUAUGUGGUAGUAUAACAAGCACUUUAUACGUUUAUAGUGAUAAUAUAACAUCGGAAUUUGCUAAACUGAUUUUAGGCUGUCGUGUAAAUUUAAUCAUGAAACGACGAUUGUAGGUACGUAUGUAGAUAUGUAUGUACAUACCUGUGGUGGAUAGUCCUAAAAUAAUUUUUGUUUCCUCAAUGUUCAUUUAUAGAUUAUAAAUAUUUUUAGUUAUAAAUCUUCAAGAUCAUGUAUAACAUUGUAUGUUUUCAGAUGAUGAAAUAACUUUCUCUACUAUAACAAUAAACCAGUUUGUCUGUAGGUCUGGAUAACAUUAAAAGCAAAACCUAUCCUACAAUUAAUGAAAAACAGUAUAAUAUGGCUUCAGCAUCAAGUACAAGUGCACGUAGUUUAUUUAUUGAAUCAAAAAUGCGAUUAGCAGAUAGAGUGCAAGUUAAUGUCAAUAAUAUUGCCUCUCUUACUAGACAGAUACAAAGAGGUUCAAAAAGCAGUGAAAUUUUAAUACAUGCAGCAAGAAACUUUGCACAACAGGAGUAUGGGUUGGAAAUGAUGGAAUCCAAUCUGAAGAAGCUUUCUCUUAUAGUUAAUCAUCUGGAAUACCAAAUGGAUUCAAUUGACAAAAGUUCUGCAAUAUUGGAGGAAGUUACAGAACAAGUACGAUCUAUGCAGCGAUAAGAAUAUAAAUAUUAUGCUUGAUCAGGAUAUUUACUGCCUAGAAAAAUUUUGAAAAUCUGGAAUUCACAGGAAAUUUACUUAUGCCUGGUAAAAUCAAUAAAUUACAUAUUAGUUUUUUUUUAUAAUAGAUUCUUUUUUUUGUUCUAUAUGUACAAUUAUAUUAUUUUGAUGUUUAGAGCUAAAUGUGUAAUUAUAUUAUUUUGACGUUUAGAGCUGAUUUUAUGACUAAUCUGAUAUUAAGUAUUGAAAAUAAUUUCGUGUUAGUACAAUUUUAUUUAAUUUUUCGACUUCCAUGUUGAGUUUUCAAGUAGGAUAAAUAGCUAACCCCAAAAAAUGUUCCAGUAAUAGCAUCUUUAUGAUGUUAAAGCUUUUAGUUCCUCUUCGCAACUGUCAUUAUUUGAUAACGUUACCAACAAGAAAACGUGUGCCAGGAAUUUUUGUGUCAUAUAUUCAAAUAAAACAAAUGAUAUUUAUGAUGAAUUUCGCAUAUUUAUAAAAUUGUUCAAACAUUUUUCUUUUAC